AAAAAAAAAAAAAAGAAAUUUCAAAUUCGCGAUUUUCAAAUGCAACCAGACGAGAGCCUUUUCCCUCUUUGAAGCUUCUGUAACAUAUCGGAGAGAGAGUGAUGGGGGUGAAGAAUUUAUGGGAUAUCGUAGAAUCAUGUAAGAAAACUCUGCCACUUCAUUAUCUCCAAAACAAAAGAAUAUGCAUCGAUCUGUCUUGUUGGAUGGUUCAACUUCAAAGGGUUAAUAAAUCACAUUGCUCUAUCCAAGACAAGCUCUAUCUCAAGAGUCUAUUUCACCGUCUCAGAGCUCUCAUUGCUUUGAAUUGUAGUCUUAUUUUUGUUACUGAUGGAUCAAUUCCUGCUAUCAAACUUGCCACCUACAGAAAACGGUUAAAUUCUGGAUUUGAGGUUGCUGAGGAUGAAACAAAUUCAACAAAAACUUGCUCACUUCGGAGAAACAUGGGAUCUGAGUUCUCACGCAUGAUAAAGGAAGCAAAAAGCAUUGGAUUAGCACUUGGGAUCCCUUGCUUAGAUGGAAUUGAGGAAGCUGAAGCACAGUGUGCACUACUAAAUUCAGAAUCAUUAUGUGAUGGGUGUUUCACUUCAGAUUCAGAUGUCUUCCUUUUUGGUGCAAGAACAGUGUACAGAGACAUAUGCCUUGGGGAAGGUGGUCAUGUAGUUUGUUAUGAAAUGGUUGACAUAGAGAGCAAACUUGGAUUUGGGAGGAACUCGCUGAUUGUGCUGGCCCUUCUUCUUGGAAGUGACUACUCUCAUGGAGUUCAUGGAUUGGGUCCAGAGUCAGCAUGCCAGAUUGUUAAGUCAGUUGGAGACAAUAACAUUCUUCAACGAAUUGCAUCCGAAGGAUUAUCUUUUGCAAAGAAGACUAAGAGUUCAAGGAAACAAACACAGCGAAACUCGUUUCAUCCUGAAGUCAAUGCUUAUGGAACUGAUAACAAUUUAGAUAGGGAGAAUCAAGUUUUGCACGUAAUUGAUGCAUAUUUGAAGCCCGAAUGUCACACAGCAGAUUCAGAUGCGGUCUACAGGGUUCUUGCUCAGCUGCCAUUCCAACGAGUCAAACUUCAAGAAAUAUGUGUUCAGUUCUUUGGUUGGCCACCCGAAAAAACAGAUUUUUUCCCCUUUUUGUCCCAUUUCCUUGGCUUAGAUGAGUAUAUUCUUCCAAAAAUUGCUGAAAGAGAUUUGCGGAGAUUUGCCAAUUUGCGUUCAACUUCAUCAGAAGUGGGAGUAAAUCCUCCUUUAUGCAAGAUGCCAGUUAAAUGCCCUGUAUCUGCCAUUGUUAAACAGAGAAAAGUUCAGGGAAGAGAAUGCUUUGAGGUUUUGUGGGAAGGAGUUUAUGGACUUGAAACUUCCAUAGUUCCUGCUGAUCUCAUAGAAAGGGCUUGUCCUGAAAAGAUUGUUGAGUUCGAGGAGAAAAGAGCUCUGGGGAAGAAACAAAAUCACAGGAAACCAAGGACAAAGAAAUCAGAAAACAGAUCAAGUUCAACUGUGGCUGAAGUUGAUCUAAGGCUCCAAACUUUGUUGCUUGACAUUGAAUCAGGAAGUAAUGACGGUUUUAAGUUCUCCUAUCCUUCAACAGCAGUGACAUCAGAGGAUAACAAAACUGCAACUGCAACCGCAGUCCAAUCUGAAAACCAAGACCCUCUUUUUGCAGAGAUACAAGGUGAUAAUUACUGUAAUGCUGCCCUGCCUUGUGAUAUUGAUACAGGUCUUGCAAAAAAACAUGAGAUCAUUGAUCUCUUGAGCCCUUCUCCACCAGUAAUUACCCGUAAGCUCUCAAGUUGCAAUGUCAUCAGUGAUCAACGUAAUCUUGUGAUAGAUUUGAGUGAAUCAGAAACUGAAAUGUCGCCUGAGCAUGUGAGGAAGUCGAGGGAGCUUAGGUUGUUUUUAGCCAGCAUUAGAGACGACAUUUCUUGAAGAUCAUGAAUGGAGAUUAUUAGGUGGCGAAGAAAUAUCAACGUGUUAUGAUUUAUAAUGAUGAAGUAAUCUUUUUUUUUUUUCAA